AUGGAAGAAGUACUACUUCCCAUCCUCCUCCUAUUGGUAACCAUUAUCCUCCUCACCCUGAAGACGAUGAGGAAGAAGAAGUUGGAGGUGAACGGCGGUCCACUGCCGCCACUACCACCAGGCCCAAGGAAGCUCCCGAUAAUCGGGAACCUCCACCAGCUGGCCUUCACCUCCCUCCUCCCCCACCGCCGGCUCCGGGACCUGGCCCGACAGUACGGGCCACUGAUGCACCUCCAGCUAGGCGAGACCACGAACGUCGUGGUCUCGUCCGCGGAGCUGGCCAGAGAGCUCCUCAAAACCCACGACCUCAACUUCGCCUCCAGGCCCUCCCGCGUCUCCGCGGACAUCAUACUGUACGAAGCCAGAGACAUCGUGUUCGCCCCCUACGGCGAGUACUGGCGCCAGAUGCGCAAGAUCUGCACCCUGGAGCUCCUUAGCCCCAGGCGCGUGGGCUCGCUACGGGCCGUCAGAGAGGCGGAGGUCCGCGAGCUAAUCGGAUCCAUCGACCACUCCGCCGCUCAAUGGAGUCAGAAGAUGAAAUCAGAGCCCAACCCCUCCGCUCAGCCGGCACCGGCAGUGAACCUGACCCCACUGCUGAUGUCGCUGAGCAAUCGCGUCGUUUCGCGGGCCACGAUCGGGACGAAGCUCGGGAAGGAAGAGGAGUCUGAGUUCUUCCUUGUGAUGCAAGAAAUCAUGAAGGCAUUUGGAGGGUUCACCCUAAGUGACGUGUUCCCGUCCAGUCGGCUGUUGGGCCUGAUCGGCGGGACAGAGAGGCGGCUGAAGGAGCUCCACCGUGAAGUUGACGUCAUGCUCCAGCGCUUUAUUGAUGACCACGUGGCCAGAAGAUCGGCAGAAAAGGGCGAUGAUGAAGAAGAAGAAGCAGAAGAUCAAGAUCUGGUGGAUGUGCUGUUGAAUUACACUCGUGAACAUGUCGAGAUUAAAGCCGUCAUCUCGGACAUGUUCUUAGCUGGAACUGACACGACUGCCGUUCUCUUGGAGUGGGCAAUGGUAGAAUUGAUGAAAAAUCCCGACGAGAUGGAGAAAGCACAGAGAGAGGUCAGGCGCGUGUUUGACAAAAAAGGAAAAGUAGUAGACGAAGCAAGUCUUGAUGAACUAAACUAUCUAAACUCAAUCGUGAAAGAAACUUUAAGAUUGCACCUACCUGCUCCUCUAUUAGCCCCAAGAUCAACUCGAGAAACGGUUGUGAUUAACGGAUACCAAAUACCCGCUAAAACAACGGUGAUCAUCAAUGCAUGGGCCAUCUGUCGCAAUCCAGUAAACUGGGAGAAACCAGAUGAAUUUAUGCCAGAAAGAUUCCUCCUCGGCUCCAUCAAUUACAAGGGCAAUGAUUUCCAACUAAUCCCAUUCGGUGCAGGACGCAGAAUAUGCCCUGGCAUGCAGUUCGGGACUGCUAUUGUUCAUCUCGCACUCGCAAAUUUGCUUUAUCAUUUUGACUGGAAGCUUCCAAACCAAACUAAACCCCAAGACCUUGACAUGUCUGAAAUUUUCGGAGUAACCGUUGCAAAAAAAAGUGACUUGUAUCUCAUCCCCAUCCCGUACAAGGCACCCUAA